GGCCAAUCGUAGACGUUCAGCAAUUUUUCGAAGUAGUCAUGUUUCUGCUCUUUGCUCGUUAGUAUCAUUAUUAUUUAGGAUCGCUUUCGAAGAAGAAGGGUCUUUCCAAGCAGAAUUAUAGUAAAUUGAAGGAAAUCAUGCCACCAGCUACACUAGUGAUCGUCAGUGUGUGUGCCUUAGUCUGCGCAUGUUCCAAAGCUGACAGUUCUGUGGUGAAACGGGAAGAUAAUCAAAGUAAUGCCAGUUCGACCCGACGACAAGUUAGCUCUAGUAAUCCAUCCAAGGGUAACCUGUACUAUUACUACUAUCCCGUCCAGGAGAAGAAGAGACAGUCUGUAGGAGAUUACGAAACUUCUGCCUCCAAUUAUAACCCUGUCAGUGCUCCUUACGACUCCAAUUUAGGAGAGAACCUUGGAGCUUCUUCGGUAUACCAGGGAGCAGCAAGUAACCAAAAUGCCGCGUUAUAUGGAGGUCAGGGCGCGGGAUUUGGUGGUGUAAACGGCUUCACAGGCGGUGAUUUCGGAGGUGUCGGCGCUGCCAGCGAUAUAAGCCAGGUUAACCCUGGGGGUUACGGUGGCUUAGCAGCGCCGACUGGAGGCUAUGGAGUUAACAGUGUUCCAGCUCAAACAGCCGCAGGAGUCUACGGACUCGGAACACCGAGCGGAAUUAGUCAGUUGACUGCUGCAGGCUAUGGCGGCGGCGGUCUGGGGGUUGCAGGAGGUCCGGGUUUAAAUCAGUUUGUGCCAGGAGGUUACGGGACUGGUUUUACACAGGCAGGUGGUUAUGGAGGCAACGGAGCAGGUAGUGGAUAUGGCCAGUUCGGGGUUCCAGGAGGAUUCGGUGGUUAUGGACAAGGCAAUUACGGUGGACAUGGUGACCUACGGCCUUCUGCUAGCUCCGCUAUAGGAUCAUUUAGUGCAGAACCCCAAUCAGCUCUUGGCUGGGGCUCAUUGAUAAUGCCCAUAUUAGCUCUGGCUGGUCUAGGACUCCUUUUGCCUUCGGUAUCAUCAUCUCUUACCAGUAGCAGCCGUCGAAAACGUGAUACACAAGAGAAAAUGGACGUUUUCAGUGGAUACCGCAAUAAACUGGAGAAAUACUACGCCAUCUAUCGGUCAGCAGUGGAAAACGAGCAAUGUCUUAAUCGAGUUAUUUGUGAACUGGGUAACUCAAUGAGUAAUGACAAAAUUGAAAUAAUUAGUAAUUUAGAAAAAUUCAUGCCUGAGAAGAUAAAGAACAAAAUGGAAAUUUUCGUGACUGGUGCUUCGUCAACAAAAGUGAACAAAUGUUACAAGUACAAAUGUUAAGUUGGGUUUACAAUCAGACUCGUUUAAGAUGGGGACUCGUUACGACAGUGACAUCAAUCUGUAAAACGAUUUCCGAAAAAGCAUCCUCCGGUGAUUGAAUUCAGAAAACAGCUGGGACGCCAGAAGUGGUUUGCAACAGACAAAACAAUUAAAUCACUGUCUAGCACGUUUUUAGUCGUCGCGCCACCUGUUGGACAGUUCAAGUACAACACUGACAUGGUAACAGGGUUGUUCACCUCGAUUGUUACUCUCAUUAACAAUAUUUUUCUUUUAGAUUUUCUUUGGUUAAUGUAGAAUACUCAACUAGAGAAUAUCCUGUAUAUACUGAUUAUAUUUCUAGCACAUAUGCACGUAUUAUUUUAAAAAAUUACAACAAGAACGAAACAAUGGCUCGUUCCAGUUUUUGAAUGAUAUUUAUCUAAUUAACAAUCUCGGUUUUUAUUCGUGAAUUAAAUGAUGUUCAACUUUAGUCCCUACAGUCACAUGAUUUAUUAUAGGAAGCAUAUUUGAAGGUUUUAUUCGAACCGCGUUAUUAAUUUAAUAGAACGAGAACUAUGUAAGACAAACAACCGCGGUUUGCGGUAUAACGGAGGCCGAAUUGUGUCUUUGACUAGUGGCUCCGUUAAUACAUCUCGAGCACAGCAGCAAGUCUGAAGGCUUAUAACGCUAUAAACCGGGUUUUGCUACCCUUAGUGGGCACUGUACAGAUAGCUCAUGGUGUAGUUUUGCUUAUUUACUAAUAAACAUUUCGACAUGGGUAAAGUUCGUGGCACGUGUAAUCGAUCACCACCCACGUGCGUGUGAACAUCUUCGGAGUAGACGUCGCAGUUGAGUUGGUUAUUGGGACACGCAAUGUCUGAAAGACAAAGACCUACAACUAAACCAACAGUCUUACUUAUGUUCUAUUAAAUUAAGAUAUCGGCUCAGUAACUUAUGUAUUAUUACUUUUUUAUCGUAUGGUUUAAAGUAUAAAGACAAUAGUAAUCAAAUUAGAAUAAAUAUAAACGUUUAAGAACUCGGAUUUUAAACAAUGUAAAAUGAGAGCGAAUGAAUUUGGUUCGAUUCCCGCGUUGGAAAAAUGACAGAUAGGCUAUUGUGCACUUUUGACCUUAACUAAGUGACCAAACUGUCUUGAAUAUCCUGAUAAGAUACCCCCCCCCCCCGUGGCUUGGCGGUAAGUCCUACAAUUCGAGUUAACAUACCUGCUAUGGACAGAGGACAAAACGUUUUUUAUUAUUAUUUGGGUUAUCUAAUAAUAUAGUGCAUGGCCGGUCCAUGUUAAUUUACAGGUUAAUUCGUAAGCAUGGUAUGCAACAUUUCAUACGUUUGUUUCUUUACUUUCAGUGACGUAUAUUUUAGUAUACAACCAUUUCAUACGUUUGUGUCUUUACUUUCAGUGACGUAUAUUUUAGUAUACAACCAUUUCAUUUACUUUCAAUGACGUAUAU